AUGCACUGCAACCCAUCAUACAGUUGUGACGACGAGAAAUGGUCAAUAACAGAUGAAAUUGAGCCCGAUGGGUGCAAACGGUCUUUGCCCUUCAUCGACUUGUACCCUCACAUGUACUCAAAACUCAGUCGGCCGCCUUUACAAUCAUCGCAGACGCUGAAAUGGGUCGAUGGGCCUGGAGAAAAGGACUGCGGCCACCCAUGGUCGCCGCAGACAUUAUCUGCGAGGCAUCAGGCGACGGAUUGGUAUUAUGGCGGACACGUAUCAACAUCGUCGCUUAUUGACGUCCAUCAUCAUGAGCCCGGCAACAACGUUUUCUCUCCAUCGCCCGACGAAGCACCCUUCAAAACCCGCCUCAAAACGCUCUUUACUGCACAUGGCUCGCCGAAACACUCGCACACACCACCAAAACACACCUUCCGCACACGCGACCCAACAACGAACGAAUGGCACUCUUACCCAUCGAUUCUCACCACCACAUCCGCAUCAUCAGAUGCAGACCUUUUCGAUCCGGUAGCCGUCAAGCAUUCGCUGGCGGCGCGUAAGAGAGGUAGAAGGAGAUGUCAUGCUCCGAUUCCUCUUGGGGUGGUGCUGUUAGUCGUGCUUUGCUCCCCGGGCAUUCUGGCAUACGGGUGGGCCGAGGGACGGUGGGGCCGGUGGAAAAGGGAGAGUGGGAGCCACAAGCGCAAGGGCGUGACGGAAGAGGAAGACGAAGCAAAGACUGGGGAGAAGGCAGAAUAUUAA